UUGACUAGCUUCAUACUGUCAUUGUUACUCCAGCCGUUUACCCCCAAAAGAUGAGGUGCAAUGUUUCGUCCGUUGGUAUAAAGAUGACGAGGACAAGGCUGAGGUGGUGGAGGAGGAGAAAGGAAGAGGCGAUGGAGGAGGCGAUAGAGGAGGAAGAAGAUGAGGAAGAGGUGGAAGAGGAGGAGGAAGAGGAAGAGGAGGAAGAGGAAGAGGAGGACGGGGAGGAGCACGAGGAGGAGGAAGAGGAGGAGGAGGAGGAGGAGGAAAAAGAGACGAUGGAGGAGAAAGAGGCGAUGGAGGAGGAGAAAGAGGCGAUGGAGGAGGAAGAAAAGGAGGAGGAGGACGAGGAGGAGAAAGAGGCGAUGGAAGAGGAGGAAGAGGAAGAGGAGGAGGAGGAGGAGGAGGAAGAGCACAAGAGGAGCACGAGAGGAGGACUACGCUGGGGUAGCGGCUAGCUCCCCUCACCUCCGCCUUUUUUUUUUUUUCAAUCGACGGCUGGCUCCCCUCCCCUCCGCCUUUUUUUUUUCUUCAAUCAAUCAAUCAGUCAAUC